UGCCCCCCAAAGAAAUCCAGUCGCAUCCUAGACGCCAAGGAGGAAGGACGUUAUCUGCGCUCUCGUAUUUCCUCUAGCUUUUAACAGGUAUCGAAGAGAGGAAGCCCGAAAGCCGCCGAAAUGUCCGUUGAGGGGAGCCUUUUCGACAGCGAUUCCUCGGGAGAGCUGAGCUACGCGGAUUGGGAGAAGGGCGUGCGGCGGCGCUCCCGCCGGCUGUCCGCAUUGGAGGGCAUCUGGAGGAGGAAGGAGAUGCAGGCAGAAGAAGUGAAAAGAGAGAAAGAGGAGGAAAGGGAGCAGGAGGAGGAAGACGAAGAUAAGCUGCCAGCCAUGGAGAAGCUAGUCAUCACGGAGGAGAGACCCUCGCCGAAGAAGAGGACCCAAGGGCGCGGCGGGGAGCGGCGGGUGACGGGCGAGGGCGGCGAGGAGGCCCCUCUCCUCGGCAGGAGCGAGAUGCCGCCGCCGGAGGACCCGGUGGAGCUGCUCUGCGUCAUCGAGCACAGGGAGCCCUCGGCGCUCGAUGAUACGCCAGGCAGGGAAAAACUGCAGAAUAAUUGUGUGAUUCAUCUUCGCGCACAUAUAAAAAACUCUGAACCUGCCGGUUACGGCUGCGUAAAGAUCCGCGCUCUCAAGACCAUGCCGGUCAUGCUCGCGCUCAGCUGGUCGGAGGCGGUCGAGGGUCAGAUGGGCAUCUGGGCCAAGGAGGACCUCGGCGCCAACAGCUUCUUCGGGCCGUACGAAGGCAAGAAGCCGCCGUAUUCAACGAAGACUCGCAAGUGCUCAUGUUGCUUGAAGGUAGAGAAGACCCACCUCCAGUCCGCCCUGCCCGUCGACCCUUCCUUGCCGAAAUACAACUGGAUGCGGUUCGUUCGCGGCGUCCAGAGCGGUUCCGAAGCCAACCUCAAGCCGCAGAUUCACCAGGGACAGAUUUUCUUCGCAGCCACGCGACCCAUUAAGAAGGGUACGGAAUUGCUUGUUAAUCUCAACCCAGGCAAUAAAGCCUUCGAGGUCACUAGGAAGUGGCCAUCGCAUUAAGUGACCGAUGAUGCUGGGAUGACCCUAAGCCUCCCAGUAGGCCUAAAUGACGAAUUAGAUAUUGUCAAUUGUUCAGUUUUAUUUCCAACUUAGCUUGGAUCGGAAAAAGAUCGUGGAAUUAGUUCGGCUUUUUGAAUAUAAAAGGCUUCGCUGUUAUCAAUAUCAUUUUUAUUCAUACCCAACAGUUUAUGGAUUUUUUGGUUAUGUUUUUGUUGUGUGUUAAUCCACAUGGGUUUUGUCACCGUGUUUUGACAGCUCUGUUUUGUGAAAGCAGAAAGAUUUAUUUCCUUUGAUGCUCCGUGUGUUUUGUCGGGAAGAAUAUUAAUUUUAUUUCAAUAUUUAGGUGCAAUGCAUGUCAGAUAUCAGAGGAAUUUUGCAUUGUAAAGGAAAUGCAUUGGACUUUUAUAUGUAAAUUGUUUUCGAAUGAAACAAAAAGCUGCAA